AUGUCAGACGAAGAACAGUUCUACUCUGACCAAGAAGCAUCUACCACGGUAGGCAUUGAUGCAGCUGCAGUUGAAGACGAGGAUGACAAAACAUUGAAAGAUUCGCCACCACUACCUUCAAGGGAACCAAUUCAAUCAUGUUUACAUAUAGACCAAGAGACAAUAACCUCCGAAGCUGAUCCCAAUGCUAUUUCUAAAUUGGACGAAAUACUGCACUCAUACAACAAGUCAGCAUCAAACUAUCUCCUUCAAUCGAAACACAAGAUAUUGUCAAUCAAGUUUCAUGACAAGAAUAGCAGCACACAACGGUCGAUCGAAUCCGGAACACAAGACACACGAAGAACAUUCAAUCAGAUAAAGAGUGCUGUGAGUGUUGCUGGUACCCAGUACAAUAUUGAUUGGGAUUUUUGGACAUCAGUUGUUGAAAAUUAUGAUGAGAUUGUUGAAAAGGAGCCCGACCAGUUGAGCAAUUCGAUAAAUCAAGGGAUACCCAAUGAAAUCAGGGGUAUAAUUUGGCAAAUCAUUACCAAGUCAAAGGAUUCAAACUUGGAGGACUUUUACCACUCGUUGAAACUAGAGGUUUCCGUCCAUGAAAAGGCAAUUAAGCGGGACUUGACCCGAACAAGCUUUUAUACAAACAUUGACGAGUUUGAUAAAACUGACGCAUUAUUUAACGUGAUCAAAGCGUAUUCAUUGUACGACCCCGAUGUAGGAUACACUCAGGGGAUGAUUUUCAUUGCCGUGCCAUUGAUUAUGAACAUGUCUGAGAGUGAAUGCUUUUGUCUACUAGUAAUGCUUAUGAAGGAGUACCAGUUGAGGGAUUUGUUUUGCCCCGGAAUGAAAGGGUUGCACUUGUUAUUGUAUGAAUUUGACUGCUUGUUGGCAAGGUAUUGCCCAGUGUUGUACAACCAUCUAGUCAAACAAGGCAUCAAGUCAUCGAUGUAUGCUAGCCAAUGGUUUCUCACAUUUUUCGCUUACAAGUUCCCGCUUAAUAUAGUGUUGCGGAUAUACGAUAGUAUAAUAACUCAAGGUAUGGAGUCAAUCUUAAAAUUUGCCGUCAAUUUAAUGAUUCAAAAUGAGGAUAACUUGCUAAAUUUGAAUUUUGACAAGUUGUUGCAAUUUCUCAAGGACAAGAUGUUUAAUGUCUAUGUGAGCCCCGAGUUUAUUGACAUUAAAGAUGAUGCAAGGUCAACCAAGCUCAAGCAAUUUCUCACCAGAGGAAAGUCGUCUCAAGCGCCUCUUUCACACAUUGGCCCUUUGUCAUACUACAGAUUGGACGAUUUAGUGCUCGAUUCAAUGAAAAUCAACAUUGACCCUGUAGAGCUUGCCAAGUUUGAACUACAUUUCAACAAGUACUAUGACGAUGAAAAGCUAAAGUUGAAGGAUAUCAGCCACAUGAAUAGUGAAAAUGGCAAACUUCGUAAAACACUAAAGACGUUGGAGUUUCAAUACGCAAAUUUAAACCGUGACCAUCUCGAUAUUGUACAAAAGAUGGUUGAUUUGAAAGUGACUUUGCCUGAAAUUGUAAACGAAACCCAGGAGACACAAGAGAGCAUUGCCAAGUUGAAAGAGGAUAUUGCCAGAGUAGAAUCUAAAAUGGGAGAAGAAUCACCAGAAGUCAUUAUCCCAAGCUCUAUCGAAGACCAAAUCCAAAACUUAUUGCAGAUAAAUCUAAAAGAGGUGGAGGCAACAGCUAACUUAGAGGAUGAGUUGGCAACUUUGAUGGAACAAGACCGUGAAUUGGACCAACAGUUGAAGAACCUGCAUAGAGGAAGCACAUGCACAACCACACCAAACGAAUCAUCAAACAUGGGAAGAGGUCCAAAGAAACACUUGAAGAGAUUAGCAGCUCCAUCUCACUGGAUGUUGGACAAAUUGUCCGGUACCUACGCUCCAAAAUCAUCAGCUGGUCCACACAAAUUGAGAGAAUCAUUACCAUUGAUUGUCUUUUUGAGAAACAGAUUGAAGUAUGCUCUUAACGGUAGGGAAGUCAAGGCUAUCUUGAUGCAACAACACGUUCAAGUUGACGGUAAAGUCAGAACCGACUCUACUUUCCCAGCUGGUUUCAUGGAUGUCAUCACUUUGGAAGCCACCAAUGAAAACUUUAGAUUGAUUUACGAUGUCAAAGGUAGAUUCGCUGUCCACAGAAUCUCUGCUGAAGAAGCUACUUACAAAUUGGGUAAAGUCAAGAAAGUCCAAUUGGGUAAAAAGGGAGUCCCAUACGUUGUCACCCACGACGGUAGAACCAUCAGAUACCCAGAUCCAUUGAUUAAGGUCAACGACUCAGUCAAGAUUGAUUUGGCUACUGGAAAAAUCACCGAUUUCUUGAAAUUCGACACUGGUAAAUUGGUUAUGGUUACCGGUGGUAGAAACUUGGGACGUAUUGGUGUUAUUGUACACAGAGAAAAACACGAAGGAGGUUUCGAUUUGGUUCACAUCAAGGAUGCUUUGGAAAACACUUUCGUCACCAGAUUGAACAACGUUUUCGUUAUUGGUGAAGAACACGGUAAGCCAUGGGUUUCAUUGCCAAAGGGUAAAGGUAUUAAGUUAUCUAUUACUGAAGAAAGAGACAGAAGAAGAGCUCAACAAGGUCUUAUCGCUUAA